AUGUCAGCGCGGAUCUCUCUCCGCAUAUCAGCAGGUCUGUUCACUUCGGCCAAAGACGGGGCCGACGGAGACGCCGAGGAGAUGGUCGUGGGCUCGGACGAGGGGUGCUUGAUCCACCUGUCCGGGCUCGGGAUCAAGGCGCAGAUGUGCACCUUCCGCACCGAGAUGAAGCAGGACGCCUCACAUCCCAGUGUCAGCAUCAAGCCGUUCCCAAACAGCAAGGUGACGGUGAUAGGCAAAAAGAUAGAAGAGGCCGAGUUCUUCGAGUUGGAGGACGGCGACAGGAUAGCUUUCACAGAGCAGCACAUCUUUGAGCUCGAAAUCCCCUCCAUUCGGAUGAAGAAGAAGAGGCAGAGCAUUAUCCAAGACGAGCAGGCGUUCGAGGCGGCGCUGCGGGAGCUCGAGGAGGGGGCCGAGAUCGAUGACAAGUGGAAGAAGGGGAUAGAGGGCGCCUCGAUCCUCAUCAGGCACAACUCGGAGCACUCCGGCGACAAGGACGCGAAGGAGUUCUUGGAAAAGGCCAAGAAGGCCGGGAAAGAGGUCCAGAGGGCGAACGAGAUGCUGCACGACACGCCGAAGGAGAGAAGAAACGGCAUUCACACGUACGGCCUGUCCGUCCUUCUCGACCCCUCUGGCGGGACGCCGUCGCUGUCCGUGAUGGCGAUGGCUCAGAGAAGGGCGGCGGAGGACGACGCCAGGAUGCCGCGGGCACUGAGGAGCGCGGAAGGCGGCCAGGAGGGGGAAGGCGGCCAGGAUGCCGCGGUCAUCGAGGAGUGCGUGCACGUGUGGACGUACACGGACUUCUACGAGAACCGGCUGGAGCUCAUCCAGGAGGCCUACGAAGACUGCAAGAAGGGGGAGGCGCAGGAGGACUGGCAGUCCUUCGUGUGGGGCGGCGACACGCUCAACUCGUACUUCGAGAAGGUCGAGGAGUGCGAGAAGAAGCAAGAGCGGAUCGAGGGCCUGCAGAAAAAGAGGCUCGAGCUCGAGGCGCAGAUCAAGCAGAGCAACGUGAAAGAGCAGAGCCACGCCACCGCCGCCGGCGGCAGCCUUCUGGGGCUGCUGUUCGGAGGAGGCGGCAAGCCCCAGGCCGACCCCGCCUCCAGCUCGGGGGCGCCCGCCGGCGGCGGCGGUGGCGAGGCGGCGCCAGGAUUCUGGGGAAUCCUCAAGUCCCUGGGCAUCGGUGCGGGGAAGGAG